AUGUCUUCCCACACCAUACAUCCUGCUGUCACUGUCAACAACAUCAAGAACUCCAUCCCUUUGGUUCUUGAUCAACAAACAAACCACUACAAUAUCUGGGCCGAACUUUUCAAAAACCACUGCAAAGCUUAUGAAUGCUAUGAUCAUCUUCAACCUAAGAAAACCGACACCGACACCUCCACCGACAAACAAGCCGCACCCACUUCACCAAAACCCACCUAUUCCGAGUCAUGGGAACGUAUCGAUGCCAUUGUUUUGCAAUGGAUAUACGGUACCAUCACUCAGGAUCUUUUACACACCAUCAUGAAGAACGAUACCACCGCUUACAACGCAUGGACCACCCUACAAAACAUCUUUCUUGACAACCAAGAAUCCCGCACCAUUGACCUUCAAAAAAAAUUUGCCAAUACCCGUCUAAUUUCCCAACAUGUCCGCCUAUAG